AUGUUCGCGAGGAUGGGCUUCCAGGCCGCCACCGACGAGGAGGGUCUGGGCUUCGCCGCGUGCGAUGACUUGGACUACGACCACCGGCAAGGCAUGCAGAUGGACGUGCUCACGUCCGAGGAGAUGAUGGGCGGUGGGGGAGAAGGGGGAGAGGGCAGCGGGGACUUGAUGGACGGGGACAGUCACUACCAGAGAGACGGCACCGGCCCACCAAAGUCUGCCUCCAAAGACGGAGCUUCACCCAACGAACUAAGCGAAGCCAAACCCAAAAUCACCGCCUGGGAAGCGGGCUGGAACGUCACCAACGCCAUCCAGGGGAUGUUUGUCCUGGGCCUGCCCUAUGCCAUUCUCCACGGUGGAUACCUCGGACUCUUUCUCAUUAUUUUCGCCGCUGUCGUUUGCUGCUACACGGGGAAGAUACUCAUCGCCUGCCUGUACGAGGAAGACGAGGACGGACAACUGGUCCGCGUUAGAGACUCGUAUGUGGACAUCGCCAACGCCUGCUGCGCGCCCCGCUUCCCCUCUCUGGGCGGUCACGUCGUGAAUGUAGCGCAGAUCAUUGAGCUGGUGAUGACGUGCAUCCUGUACGUGGUGGUGAGCGGGAACCUCAUGUACAACAGCUUCCCAAACAUGCCCAUCUCUCAGAAGUCCUGGGCCAUCAUGGCCACUGCUGCGCUGCUGCCGUGCGCCUUCCUCAAAAACCUCAAAGCUGUGUCCAAGUUCAGCUUAUUGUGCACUUUGGCUCAUUUCGUUAUCAACAUUCUGGUUAUUGCCUACUGUCUGUCCAGGGCAAGAGACUGGGCCUGGGACAAGGUCAAGUUUUACAUAGACGUGAAGAAGUUCCCCAUCUCCAUUGGGAUUAUCGUGUUCAGCUACACGUCGCAGAUCUUUCUGCCGUCACUGGAGGGAAACAUGCAGAAACCAAGCGAGUUCCACUGCAUGAUGAACUGGACCCACAUCGCUGCCUGCAUCCUCAAAGGCCUCUUCGCACUUGUGGCCUACCUGACCUGGGCUGACGCAACCAAGGAGGUGAUCACAGACAACUUACCUCCUGGCAUUCGUGCUGUAGUCAACAUAUUUCUCGUGGCCAAAGCCUUGCUCUCAUAUCCUUUACCAUUUUUCGCCGCUGUCGAGGUCUUAGAGAAAUGCUUUUUCAAAGAAGCGGAACACACAUAUUUUCCAGAUUGCUACGGGGGUGACGGCCGUCUCAAAUCCUGGGGGCUCUCACUCCGCUGUGGCCUUGUGGUGUUCACCUUGCUUAUGGCCAUUUAUGUCCCACACUUCGCGCUGCUCAUGGGCCUCACGGGCAGCCUGACGGGCGCAGGCCUCUGCUUUCUGCUUCCCAGCCUCUUCCAUCUUAAGCUGCUCUGGAGAAAACUCCUCUGGCAUCAAGUUUUCUUCGACGUGGCAAUCUUUGUAAUAGGAGCAGCAGCUUUAGAGCCACAGGCCUCAUCUCGUGUUGAUCUGAUCCUCACAGCUGUGCGCCCUCCUUCUACAGAGCUCAUCUGUAGCGGUAUAAACCACGGUUUCACGGCCAAGGACAUGCUUUCUGGAAAUGCUAAAUACUAUAAGUAG